AGAGAAGGAGGGUGGGAAGGAGAGAGUCUGAGAGACAGGAGAGAGGGAAAGGAAGAAGAAAAGAAGAGGGAAUGGAAAGAGAGAGGGAGAGGAAAUAAGAGAGAAAGGAGGGAGGACUGCUUUAUAGCUGCUAAGAUUGCAGACAGAAAUAGCACACAACCACCGUGAGCUUCAUGCGACUCAGAAACCAAGACUAAAUUAUAUUCACUUUUCUUAAUCAGUUGCUCAGAAAGAAGGAAAUGACAGCUGGUCCUGUCCUCUUCUACCUCUUGAUUUUUGGAAAAUAUUUUUCUCAUGGGAGUGGACAGGAUGUCAAUUGCUCCCUUGGCUAUUUCCCCUGUGGGAAUAUCACCAAGUGCUUGCCACAGCUUCUCCAUUGUAAUGGUGUGGACGACUGUGGGAACCAAGCCGAUGAGAACAACUGUGGAGACAACAAUGGAUGGUCUUUGCAACUUGACAAAUACUUGACCUAUAACUACACAAUGACUUUCCCAUAUUCCUUUGAUGCAGAAACAUCAGAAUGCCUGGUCGGUUCUGUGCCCAUGCAAUGUCUUUGCCGAGGCUUAGAGCUUGGCUGUGAUGAGACCAAAUUACGAGCUGUUCCAUCAGUUUCUUCAAAUGUGACUGUAAUGUCACUUCAGUGGAAUUUACUAAGAAAACUUCCUCCUAACGGCUUUGAGAAGUACCAUGAUCUUCAGAAACUGUGCCUGCAAAACAAUAAGAUUAGAUCCAUAUCCAUUUACGCUUUCCGAGGACUGUACAAUCUUACUAAACUGUAUCUCAGUGAUAACAGAAUAACAUUCUUGAAACCGGGUGUUUUUGAAGAUCUCCACAAAUUAGAAUGGCUGAUAAUCGAAGAUAAUCAUCUCAGUCGAAUUUCCCCACUAACGUUUUAUGGACUAAAUUCUCUCAUUCUCUUAGCACUGAUGAAUAACGUCCUCACCCGUUUGCCUGAUAAACCCCUCUGUCAGCACAUGCCAAGACUGCAUUGGCUGGACUUUGAAGGCAACCAUAUCCAUAAUUUAAGAAAUUUGACUUUUAUUUCCUGCAGUGGUUUAACUACUUUAGUAAUGAAGAGAAACAAAAUUAAUCACAUAAAGGAAAAUGCUUUUGCACCUCUCCAGAAACUACAUGAAUUGGAUUUAGGAAGUAAUAAGAUUGAAAAUCUUUCACCGCAUGUAUUUAAGAAUCUGAAGGAGCUCUCAAAAUUGAAUCUUUCCUAUAACCCAAUCCAGAAAAUUCAAGCAAAUCAAUUUGAUUAUCUUAUUAAACUCAACUCUCUCAGCCUAGAAGGAAUUGAAAUUUCAAAUAUCCAACAGAGGAUGUUCAGACCUCUUCUGAAUCUCUCUCACAUCUAUUUUAAGAAAUUCCAGUACUGUGGAUAUGCACCCCAUGUCCGCAGCUGUAAACCAAACACUGAUGGAAUCUCGUCUCUAGAGAAUCUCUUGGCAAACGUCAUUCAGAGAGUGUUCGUCUGGGUUGUGUCUUCAGUUACUUGCUUUGGAAACAUCUUUGUCAUUUGCAUGCGACCUUAUAUCAGGUCUGAGAACAAGCUGCAUGCCAUGUCAAUCAUGUCUCUCUGCUGUGCCGACUGCCUAAUGGGAAUAUAUUUAUUUGUGAUUGGAGCCUUUGACCUAAAGUUUCGUGGAGAAUACAAUAAGCAUGCACAGCUGUGGAUGGAGAGUGUUCAUUGUCAGCUUGUGGGAUCGUUGGCCAUUUUGUCCACCGAAGUAUCAGUAUUACUUUUAACAUUUCUGACAUUGGAAAAAUAUAUCUGCAUUGUGUAUCCUUUUAGAUGUUUAAGGCCUAGAAAGUGCAGAACAAUCACAGUUCUGAUUCUCAUUUGGAUUAUUGGGUUUAUAGUAGCUUUUGUUCCAUUGAGCAAUAAGGAAAUUUUCAAAAACUACUAUGGCACCAAUGGAGUAUGUUUUCCUCUUCAUUCAGAAGAUACAGAAAGUAUCGGAGCCCAGAUUUAUUCAGUGGCAAUUUUUCUUGGUGUUAACUUGGCGGCAUUUAUCAUCAUAGUUUUUUCCUAUGGAAGCAUGUUUUAUAGUGUUCAUCAAAGUGCCAUAACAGCAACUGAAAUACGGAAUCAAAUUAAAAAAGAAAUGAUUCUUGCCAAACGGUUCUUCUUUAUUGUAUUUACCGAUGCAUUAUGCUGGAUACCCAUUUUUGUACUGAAAUUUCUUUCACUGCUUCAGGUAGAAAUACCAGGUACCAUAACCUCUUGGGUCGUGAUUUUUAUUCUGCCUAUCAACAGUGCUUUGAACCCAAUUCUCUAUACUCUGACCACAAGACCAUUCAAAGAAAUGAUCCAUAAGCUUUGGUAUAACUACAGACAAAGACCUAUUGACAGCAAAGGAAGUCAGAAAACAUAUGCUCCGUCAUCAUUCAUCUGGGUAGAAAUGUGGCCACUGCAGGAGAUGCCACCUAAGUUAAUGAAGCCAGCUUUUUUCACAGACCCCUAUGAUUUGUCACUAAUUUCUCAAUCAACCAGACUCAAUUCCUACUCAUAACUGACUUGGAACCCCAUUUCUACAGAGAAUGCUGUGGAAUGCUUCGUGAUGGAUUUUAUUAGUAUAAAAGGAAUGUCACAAAAUUAAUUUAUAAUAAUGGCUAACAUAAAUUAGCUCACAAAGACAUGAAGUUAUUUGGGGAAAAUCAAAGUAACUGAUGCCCAUAUAAAAGGAAAUAAAUUAUAUUGAUAAUGUGGAUAUACUAGCACAUAUUUUGCAUAGGAAAUUAAGAGAAAUCUAUAUCAGAAAGAUUUUUUUUUUUUUUUUGCAUUUAUUGAAUACCCACUAAGUAUAUGGCACUGCAGAAAGUCUUGGAAGUAGACAGCAUAGAACCUUUUCAGUUUUCAAUUGUGUUUAACUACAACAGAAUAUACAAAGUUCAUCUACAGCUCCUAGUUUAAGGUAGAGCUUUGUCUGUCAAGCAUAUCAAUAAGAAUCACGGACACUUUUAAAUGAAGAUUUAGGGUUUAGGAA